AGAGGACCUGCGUUGGACCUGCGCGUUAUGUUAGAAGUCAACAUCGGAGCCCCAAGGAAGGCGGGUUUGUUCCCAUGGGCUACGCCGUUAAAAAGGCUUACUGGCGAUUGUCUAAACGUCCGCGCUGUGAAUAUGUAUGCAGUGGCCUUGCUCGCGAUAGGCGUACUGUCCGCCGUUGUCUAUGAAUAUGUGCUAAGACCUUUGCAGCUUGGACGAAAACGGCUGCCUCUCCCACCGGGUCCGCCUGGGCACUGGCUCUUCGGCAAUGCGCCUCCUCCUCCAUAUGCUUAUCGGUAUUAUGCCGAUCUUACCGAGAAAUAUGGGCCAGUGGUUUCGCUGAGGUAUGGCAAGCGGAUCAUCUGCAUUGUUGGGCGCUACCAGGCCGCUACAGACAUCCUGAUCAAGCACUCGGGCGAGACGAUGGACCGCCCACGGCUCAUUGCUGCUUUCGAGAUAUUGUCCGGCGGCUUGCGGGUCGUCCUGACCCCGGCAGGCGAUAGAAUCAAGCGGUACAGAAAGGCGCUGCACGCGUUCCUGGCGAAAGACGUCGCGGAAAACUACAAGCCGAUGCAGACCAGGAAUGCAAUGACCUACGUUUGGGACUGCUUCACUAGGCCGGAGGAGCACAUGGACCACUCCAAGCGGUACGCCGCGAGCAUCGUGAUCACCCUAACCUACGGCAAGACGACCCCGACGUCGUACUCCGACCCGGAAGUGCAGAACAUCAACCGCGUCGCGCGCCACUUCGGUGCAGCCCUCCGCCCGGGAGCGCACUUCGUCGACACCUAUCCGUUCUUGAAGUAUAUUCCUGGUUACCUGAAGCACUUGUAUCGGUACCACGAAGAAGAACUGGUGUUCUUCCACGAGAUGAUCGCGGGCGUGAAAGCGAAGCUAAGUCGGGGAGAAGCGUCAGAGUCUUUCGUCGCCUAUUUGCUGAAGGAACAACAAAAUCUUCGGGUAUCGGACAACGAAUUGGCGUACCUCGCAGGCGCGAUGUUCGCUGCAGGUUCUGACACAACAGCAUCUGCCCUGAGCGUCGUGACCAUGGCUGCCGCCCUCCAUCCCGAGGCGCAAGCUCGCGUCCAGGCGCAGCUUGACAAGGUGGUCGGGCGAGACAGAGCACCGACGUUCGAGGACGAGGACAUGCUGCCGGAAGUGACGGCGUUCUUCAUGGAGACGGCGAGGUGGCGACCACAGUUCGCUUCUGGAUUUGCACAUAGGGCCACUAAGGACAUCAUAUGGAAAGACUAUGUGAUCCCCGCAGGCGCAGAGGUCAUCGGGGCCCACUGGGCCAUUGCACGAGACCCCGAUGUAUAUCCCGACCCAGAACGAUUCGACCCGCAGCGCUGGCUCGACGAGGAUGGACAGCUCCGGAAGGACAUGAGAUACUUCAGGUUCGGCUUUGGACGCAGAGUAUGCGUCGGGGAACACCUCGCUGACAACUCUGUCUUCAUCAACACCGCACUCAUGCUCUGGGCGUUCAACAUCACCGAGGACCCCGCGCGGUCUAUCGACCCGGACGCCCUGACUGACGAGGCGAACGUGUUCCCGCAGCCCUACGCGGCGAACUUCACGCCGAGGGUAGAUAGGCUCGAAGAGCUCUUGAGGCGCGACGACGAGUGAGGUGGAUAGGUGCGGAUGAGAGUCGUCGGACGUACUCGAUUCGUGUUACAUACAGUACGUGCGUGCACAGAUAUCGUCAUUACAGCUGGAUACAUGUUGGCUCGGGUAUCCCGGAUUUUCUGGUAUUCGAGGGACGAGACGGCGUGCAUAAGUACUACGGAUCACACGAUGGCCGGGGGCUGCUAUCGUGGAGGUCAGGACUCAGCACAAUGCCUGGAUGAUAUCCUGCGCCAUCGCAUGCAGCAGGUUGAGUAUGCAUUGCAAAGGGUGCAUAUAGCCGUCUCAGUGCCCGGGUGACGGCAAAGCUCCGGAAGCACAGGGUGGUCAU